CAAACAUUUACUCUGCUGUGAACAGCUGACCAUGUAAAGACCCAUAUAAGCAAGAGUCAGACAAGGAGGGCCAUUUCAUAUGCACACAGGAUCAAAAAGAUAAAACGGAAACAUGAAUAAGGUUUUGGCCGUCUUAAGUUUAACUGCAUGUCUCUGCUGCUGUGGAGUGCAGAGUGCUAGACUAUCAUUUUAUGGCUUAAGACAACAAAUGAUCAACUCUGGGACUGUAGUCUUUUUAGACAUCGUGGAGAAAGUCAGAAACACUACAGAGAAAUUACUGCGAGAUGAUCAGUUCAAAAAAUCAAGGAUUUCUGUCCAAGGAUACAUGAAAUCCUUAAGAGAAUUUGCCAAACCGCUGAACACUACUGAGAGUACUAGAGGGAGCCAGGAUAAUUCUGUUAUAUUGCCACAUUUCUUUGACAGAUAUAAAAAGAUUUACCAUGAGACCUUAAAAAACGGGACCGUGGUGGACAUCUGGAAUGAAGUGGAGUCAAACUAUCUUCCAGGAGCUCCUCCAAUCUACAGUAAACCCAUGCAGUUCUUCAGUCACCUUCUGGCCAAGGCAGUGGUGAAGUCCCAGCUGGUGAACAUGCUUGAAGCUGGGGUAGAUACUGUUAUGGAGAUCGGAAAAAUAAAUUUUAACCAACUUCAUGAGGACAUGCAGAUGGUUUUGGAUCAAAUCAGACAGAAAGCCUUUGAAAUUUCAAUUUUGGAAAGACAAAAAGAGAAGAAUGAUUUCCUUAUAUCAUUAAGAACUGCAUCUGGAGUAAUUGUUUUUUACUGGGAUAAAGUUUUAGAACACACUGAAAGCCCAUCAUUCCAUGCAAAAUACUUGGAUUCCAGGAAGCAAUGGGCAGAGCUAACUGAGUUGAGAAAGCCAAGUGAGACACAUUUGUUUUUAGACGAUGCUGUAAGGAGGAUUUUUUGGUUAGUGAUUGAAAUGUAUUUUGGUGAAUUCUUUGCAUCUCAGGAAUAUCAUAGUCUUGGAAAUGCAGCUCUUGGUUUGGACAGAUUCAAUCAGUCCAACUGGGCUGUUGUCAAAAGCGCUGUCAUAUACUCUCUUCCUGUAUAUGAAAAACUGACUAAGCUCGGCUUUGGGAUUUCUGAGAUCAACAGGUUUCUUCUCAGACUUAACCGAAUAGCCCUUAGUCUUGAAGGGGAAGAUAGACCCAGACAUUGGAACAGUCCCAGCAUUGUUGAGAGCAUCCCUGCUUUUAUUUUGUUUUCACUUGGUUUAGCCGCUGAUAAGGAGAAAAGGAAUAGCAAGGACAACCAACUAUUACUGCCUUUGCGAGUAAUUAGGACAGAAUUUCUAGAGUUCUGGAGCUUUAUUCUCACAUCAAGAAAUUACGGAUAUUGGAAUGAGACUGAAUGCCAGCAAAUACAGAGCAAAUGGAAUCAUAUAAGUAACAUCAUCAAUAAUGAGUUAUUAAAAAGUAACGCAUUUACUCGAAAGCAGCUUGAAGAAGCACCAAAGUAA